CAACUUCCGGUUAUGGAGUUUAUGCCAUAACAAUAUGUACGAAAUUAAUUUAAAGUGGACGUGAAACUAUCGGGCACUUGUGCCAGAAAAUCGCAUAAAUAUGGCGGAGGCUGCUGACCAUAAACGGGGACGCGACACCAUGCCAAGGCAGGGCAAAGUUGAAAAUGUGUGUAAGCAGUGGCUUGUACAUGAAGAUGGAGCCUUGGCUUAUGAGAUACAAAACAAAGAGAUUGAACGACACUAUGGCAUCAACCGGUUCAACCGGAGGACGGUUCGUGACGACAUCCCUGUGGCUAAGGUCCUGCAGACUGACGAGGAGGUUCGGCAGCAGGAGGAGCGCUACAGUGAGCUACAGGCUCUCAGAGUACAGGCUGAUGAGGACCAAGAAAUUGCCCGUCGUGUGAUGGAGGAGAUUGAAGGGGAGGAGACUGCUAGACAGAGGCAGAGAGAGCUACAUGACGAGGAAAUUGCCCGAAUUGCACAAGAGAAGGAAAAGCAGAAAUAUGAACGGUACUUGGAGAAGAAGAGGGGGAAAGACUUGAAGAAAGAACGGCACAUUUUGGAGAAACAACUGGAACAGCAUAUGGUGGAGGCCAGGCUAGCGUCAGGGGAAGAAGGCCUUGAUGAUGCCAUGCAGGGUAUGCACGUGUCUACAGCCGGCGAACGAGGCUCCUUCUCAGGGCGACAAGUCAACGGGGGCAGAAAGUUGACUCCGGGAGGUUUCAUUGAAGAUGAUGGAGACUUUUCCGACUUUUUCGCUGUUCCUGAUCACGUAGAUGACAGCCAAAAGAAGGUCAUACAAGAAAUGCAGGAUGAGGAGCUUGCAAGACUACUACAGGAACAAGAACACAAGCGAACAAAGGCAGAAGUUGAUCGAAGCAAACUUAAGGAAAUUGAAGAGCAGGACGAGCGACUUGCCAAAAUCAUACAGGAACAGGACAAGCUGCGUAUGAAGAGAGCAAAACAGCGCAAGAAACAACAGCAACAGGAGGAGCACCGGCGGCAACAGCAAAUGACAAACAGCAGUCCUGCUGCUCGACCUUUGCCUGACCUACCAGGUCAAAGGUUAUCUUCGUCCGACUCACCUAUGCCUCCAGUACAAAGGCCUGCAGAGCGUACUCGGUUACGACGAGACAGUUUUCUACAGGGAAUUGACAGCAGUCAGAUUCCUCCUCCAUCUGUCAGUGGUGACACGCUUCAGUCACGUCAGUCCGGUCGGCUUUCACGCCCCAUCGACCUACCUCAGGAUAGCGUACAGAACGUGGAGCGGUGGCUUGCAGGUACAACCACAGCAGCUGAUCCAGCGGAUGUUCACCAUCACAUGUUGCCCUCCCCGUCUCCCCCGGGCAGUUACCACAGUGAAGAGGAGAUGCCCCCAUACAGACCCCCCCAGCCUCCCAAACACGUGUCAGUUAUAAACACUGCCUCCCCUCCUAACCCCGCCCAUCGUGGGCGUAACCAAACAGAAGAAGAACCCUGCUACGCGGUCAGUAACACCAUGUACAACAUUGCCGCAGCCAUUGAUCCCACAUAUAAGCGGCGACAGCAUCAAAUACACGAGGAAACGGAUGUGAAGAUACCCAUACAGCUAGCGAGUUCACUCCCUACCAGUGGAGAGAUGGAUUUGGAAUGGGACCUAAAUGUAAGGGGCAGUCUCCGACGUCCAAAGGGCACCUGGAACCCAGGCUCCAACUAUCACACCACCGAGGGUUCUUUACAAAGAGAUGAUAGCUUUACGGACGAGGGGCCGGUCCUGAAUCCCUGGCAACCAGUCCAAGGUCAAAGAAGGUCAGCAUCGGACCGCAACAAACGGCCAAAGAAAUCUGUUGCGUCCACUUCAGCUACUGCUGCGACGACAAAGGGUCAGAAAAACAACAGCAGCUGCAAACAGCAGUAACAUGUCUCGGUGAAAUUGUUAGUGUCACACUGUAUGGCAUCAUCGAUACUCCAGGGGUUACGCUCACUUUCCCUCUCUGCACCCCUGGAAUAUAUCAUAGCAAAAUCGAAGGCACAUGACUAGCUACUUGAUUGGUCUCAGGUUAAAAAAACCUUACCAAUCGCUUAGGCUGAUACCUGUCAAUUUUACUGUAACGUGACCAACCGAUUCUUUUGAUGUACAUCAAAGGGUCGAACUAGCUAGUCUUCCUGUCUCAUCCACAUCCAAGUGUACACUGAGCCUUCAUUUUUGUCAUGACAUAUUCCAGGGGUGCAAGGAGCAAAAGUGAGCAUAACCCCUGGAUAUCAAGCAGGACUGCAUUAGGACAUGAAUCUACAGAAGCAAUAUAAAUGGUUAAUAGAAAAAAACAAGUGGUGUUGAUAGGGGUUGUUGAUCCAUUUUCUCAUAUUGGGUCAGGUUGAUAAUUUAACCGUGAUAGGGAAAUUCUUCAUUGUCAAAAGGCAUGGAUUAUAGUUCAUUUAUACAAUGUCAUGAUUUGGGGUUUUUUUGUAGGGGAAUUUUUCAGCAACAUUUUAAUGUUACAUAAAGUUUGUAUUGGUUUUAAUUUCUUUUGUGAUAAUUUUUUCUGCAAACAAAGAAUGAAACUCAUUUGGAGACAGGAAUAAUAAUUUCAACUGGUUAACAAAACAUUUCAAAAUAUUUAAUCUUUUGCUACUUUAUUUUUGUCAAACAUUUUCAGGUAUAC